GACUGUUAACAGUCAUGGGCCGAUUAGACUGUUUUUUCUGUUAACAGUCGGCCCAAAGACUGAUUUGUCUAUUAAAAGUCGGCUCAAGAUUGUUAAACCUGACUGUUAACAGUCGACAUCGUUCAGAAGGCCUUUCUUCGUUGGAAAUCAUCAUUUUUGACAAUGAGAGGUCCAAAAAAUUAACAUUUUCCACCCAAACACCACACAAUCUAGUUCUACUCAUGCUUAAACCGAAUAAAUGUAAAAAAUUUCAAUUGAUUUUAUAACAACAAAAAUUACGAAUAUUUUUUUAAUUGAUUAUAUAACAACUAACCGAAAUGAUUUCCCCUGGGGAUAGAUAAUGGUCGUUGAUCCAAGUCGCGCAUCGAUCAGUCCGUGGUUGAUCGGAAAAUGUGACAAUUGGGGUGUCGAUUUUCUUUAGAUCUCAGAGUUAGCUUCCAAAACAGUUUGUCAAUGAUCUAACAAGCGGCUAAGGGAGUUUUCCUUGGCACCAGUUGAUCUUGUGUAAUUCGUAAGUGCAAUUGAUCGAGCAACAGGUGCAAGGUUUCGCGCCAAUAGAUCUUCUAUUGCAGUGAUUUCUACUCAAUUUCUUCAUCCCAAGGGCAACAGAAGGGGACAAGAGGCUAAAGGUUUCUCUGGGCACAUCUUGUGUUGCAAUGAUUUCUACUCAACUUCUUCAUCUCCGAACUUGGAAGUUAUUGAGGCUCCUCGCACUUGGAGAAAGAUAAAAGUAUGAUUUGCACAGCAAUUGAUACGUUUUAUGUGACAGACGAAGAACUAUGGAACUCGCCUUCUAGGAGAGAUGGGAUAGAUGAAGCUACAGAAAUGACACUUCGAAUUUAUGUGUGUGCUUUACUCCACUUGGUUCUAAUAUAUGAGGACUGGAGGAUGAUGUCAUUUCUUCUUUUCUCACGAGUCUUAUUCCAUUGUUUCUACUGCAAGAAGUCAUUUGCUAGAUUUGACGUGAAGAGGGUUGCUGCAAGUUGUGUAUGGCUUGCUUCCAAACUUGAAGGAAGUCCUAGGAAAGCAAGGCAAGUCCUCAUUGUUUUUCACAGGAUGGAAUGUAGGAGGGAAAACUUACCCAUAGAGCAUGUGGACACAUAUUCUAAGAAAUAUGUGGAUCUGAAGGCAGAUUUGAUCAGAACAGAGAGGCAUCUUUUCAAAGAAAUGGGUUUUAUCUGCCAUGUUGAGCAUCCUCAUAAGUUUAUAUCGAAUUAUCUUGCUACUCUUGGAACUCCUCCAGAACUGAGACAAGAAGCUUGGAAUCUUGCAAAUGAUAGGGCAAAAUCAAGAGCAAAAAGGAUAAUACAUUUGGAAAAAUAGUUGGGGGAAAUCAAGAUCAAACUAUCAAGAAUCCAAAUUCAAAAAGGGUUUUAUCUUCACUUUGUAUUUUCUUCAUUAUUAUCUUAUAUUUGCAAUGUAUUGUAAGAAAUAUUCUCCUUUACUUUAUUUGUAUAAAAUGGGCUAGCUAUUAGUGUUGGGAUU